AAAACCCUAAUAGUAAAGGUGCAACUGAAACAGAGAAAAGAGGAAGAUGGAAUACUUGACAGAGGAUCUAUGGACGAUGGUACUUGCGAGAUUACCGAUUAAGAUCUUCACAUGUUUCAAACUUGUUUGCAAGCAGUGGAAAUCAAUCGUAGAGUCAACGUUUUUCCGGGAUCUUUUUAUAUUCGUCCACCGAAGCUCACCCUCUUCUUCUUCAUGGUCGGUCAUGUGCAUCUAUUGUAGUAUUACUCCAGAGAUGGUGGGUCACUACCAAUGCGAUACAUGGGGACUUAAGCGAUCUUUGGGCUCUUUCAUCGAGUCUUUCCUGACCGAAAAGAACCAGAAGCGCAUAUACGGACGAGCCAAACUCGAGGCUUACUCCGAUGUUGGUUUGAUCUUAAUCCAUAAAGAGUCAACCUUCACGGAGAAGAGAGUCCUCUACGUGGCUAACCCUGUUUCACGGGAAUGCGUAGAAAUCAUUCUUGAUGCUCUUCCUAUAGAGUUUGAAACGAAUGAAAGUCGCUGGGAAUGGGGACUUGUCACACGAGCCGAGAACGGCCACCUUUCCGGUUACAAGGUUGUCAGCUUUGAGAUGUACAAGUGGGGCCAUGAGAGGUUAAGUUGUCUUAUAUAUUCAUCUGAGACAGGCUUGUGGACUCUCGAAACUGUACAUCUUCCUGACCCUUUCUUCUAUGAUUUUCUUGGGUAUCCUAUUAGCUUGAACGGUAAUCUUCACUGGAUUGACCGGAACAAUGACGAUCAAGAAGUUGUAUUAUCCAUAGAUUUCUACGCUUCUAGCACGACGGGUCCUGAUCAAUGCCGUGUUACACCUUUCCCUGACUUGGAGAAAAUUAGGAAAUUCACAAGAACUUGCACACCUUGUCAAGGGUUUCUCAUGUAUAUGAACAUAGUGGAUGGAAGCAACUUAUGUUUGUGGAGGCUACAGAGCGAGGGAUGGCAACUAAUAUCUGAAAUCUCCCCAGGUUUUACCUUGACCGGUCUCGACUAUUUACCUCUGGUGAUAAACCCUUUAGAUGCGAAAACAGCCUACUUUUGGAGCAAGAAACAACAACGCUUGCUAUCUAUUAACUUACACAACGGCAAGUUUGUGUUCCACCGUCAGUGUGAAGGUAGAAGCGACGGUCCCAUUAUGAUUCCAGUUAACGACCCGGAAGCUAUGAUUUCCCUCAAUAGGUGGAUAGAAAACCCAUUCAUCAUCAGACGAACACACUACUUUAUCCCGUUCGUUCUCCCACAAUGGCUGCAUCGGAUCCCAAACACGGUGAGUAUUAAAGAGCCAACAACAACUGCAACACUACGUUGAUGAGCAGUGACUCCAAUCCGUACUGAUGGAUCACUAGAAGUCUAGAACUUACGUCCUUUUUUAUAUAUUUAAAAUGAGAUUAUUGUUAGUCUUUUGAAAAACUUUGUUAGUAAUAAUAAUGGUGAGAAUAUCUGAUUUAAAGAUUUUUUAAUGCGGAUGGCAUCAGUGUUAAAU